AUGACUUCUGUUCCCAAAGCCCCGGAAGGCUAUGGUGCCACUAAUGAUGGCCAACCUCCCACAUACGAAGCCUCUUCGGCCGGUGACUCCUCGCACGACCCUCCCGCCGACGACCAUCAGCGGGCCUGGCCCCGCGACCCUCGCGUAGUGUACGCCAGGCAGGUCCAGCGUGCCUGUAAGACGGCCUGGAAACAAGUCACCGAGGAUAACGCACUUGCAAACAGUUCUUGGGCCGCUCCCCUGGCGGCGGCUCCUACGGCCAUCUCUGUCAUGGCCUUUCUCCUCAAGACGGCGGCAGAUCGCAAGGCCGCGGGAAUCACCGUCUCAGAUCUGGUCAUCAAGACCGAAGACGGAACCGAGGUUGGAAAGCUUCCGUCCAAGUACUUCCACACAAAUCUCCAACACUGUAGCGACGUCGGUCGGCUCGCGUUCCUCGAUGCCCAGAAGAGAAUGAACAAGAUCAACCGCGUUGCUCGGACCAUGAUGGAGGACGGUGGGAGCGUGAGCUACAUCGUGGAACUCCUCGAAGAUCCCGAAGAUGCCAAGUUGAAUCUCAAGCCGGAGUUAGAUGAGGUGAAGAAGACGGCAGUAGAUUGCAGGGAGGAAUGUGAAGACGUCAAGAAGAAGUUCGAAUACUGGCAGCGCGUUAUCAUCCAUCUGUCGCAAACAGCCCUGGACCUGAGAGGCGAGAAGAUUCUUAUGGCGGAGAAGGUCAGCGCCCAGAAGAAUGUGGCGUCUGUCGACAUCACGAAGCACGGAGAACAGAGCGCCUCGGCGGAGAGGAAGAUCGGUGUCAUGAAAAAACAGCUAGACGCUGCCAGAGAAAGAGUGGACAAGGCUCAAGAUGAGCUCGAGUAUCUUCUUUCUCUUCCCCCUAUCGAAGAGCCUUCCUACUACGAAGACCUGGACACGGCCCAACGGCUGGCUGGGCCUAUGACAAGCGCUCCCAAGCUUAACCGCGGCUACAUUGCGAACAUCGGUAGCACAUGGUUCGGCAUCAACUCAAAGAAGUAUAGGAACGAAGACCAAGAGUACGAUGAGGCCCACCGAGCCAAGCACGAGCGCAAACAGCAGCAAAUCAUUGACGAUGAGAGAGCUCGACGCGAAGCCUGCAGAAAACGGGCCGAAGACAAGGUCAACGAUGCGCGAGUCAGCGCAGCCACCAUAUUUAGAGAGAUCGACCAGGCUGUGAAAGACUUAUCGCUCGAGGAAGACAAAUUGGCGGACGCCAAGGCGAGCUUGGCCAAGGCCAGCUCCGAUCUGAAGCGGCUCGGGAAUCAGGAAUUAGAGCUGAACGAUAUUGUCAAGAUUCUUAGGGAGUCUACGUACGAGCUAGGUAAGCUCAAAGAGCAGCUUGAGCCUCUGAUCCUGUUUUUCUCCGGCCUGGAAACGACCAUUUCUGUCGAUGUUAUGAAACAGGUCGAUGCCUUCUUGAAGACGAUUGAGCGGAAUGUCCAGGGCGGCUCCGACCCGAAUGAGGUGUCCAUCAACCUCGGCAAGGCAAGCAAAAAG